GAUGUGUGCAUAUCACCAGAAGUUGGGAAAAUUUUUGGUAAUGAUGGUAUAAUUGAUUUCUAUGUAGAGGAAUACCAAUGGGGGAUAGAAAUAUUAAUUGAUGGAAUUGGAAUGAAAGAACACUGGGCGAUUUCAGACUG